AUGCCGCUCAACACUCAUAUUCCAAUUUCCAUCAAACUCGACUCCGAGGUCACCAAAAAUGCUGUGGAAUACGAAGUUUGCAUAGUCUGGUUAGUCGGGUUGGAAGCCGCAGCAAGCCUUGGAGUUAAAUACCUACGAGUCUUCGACGAUUCAUCUCUGAUCAUAAACCAAAUAUCAAGGAGAUGGAAAGUCAGAAGUACUAGUCUCUCAAUGUACCAAGCUCAUCUAGAUCAAAUAGCGGAGCAAUUCGAGGAAAUCGAAUACACGUACCUAUCAAGAGACGAUGAUCAAUUUGCAGAUGCACUAGCUAAACUAGCUUCUAUGCUUAACGUCCCAAAUGAAUCAGACGCAAUAACUCUCAAAGUCGAACUAAGAGAGGAACCGCCCUAUUGUUACGCAAUCGACGAUGACUCUGAACCUACGAAAGAAGAACCGUGGUACAAGGACAUACUUUGUUAUAAAACAAGUGGAGAAUUCCAUUCAAAAACAUCUCCACGAGCCAAACGCGCUCUACGACUUCUGGCAUCACAAUAUGACCUAUACCUCGGAGAAUUAUAUAAAUAUACGCCGAAUAAAGUCAAAAUGUUGUGUGUUCACCAAAACCGAGCUAAAUGA